GCCGCCCAGUCCCCGCCACAACAUGGCGGCCGCGCGCUGCCUGGGCUGGCCGCUGUCAUCGCUGUGGAGGCUGUGGCAGGCUCGGGGGUUGCCACAAAAUUCGGCCGCCGGCUGGUGCUCGCGAGGGAGGCCUUACUCCCGCACUGCCCUCUACGAGAUGCUGGGCGUCCCCUCCUCGGCCACGCAGGCGCAGAUCAAAGCGGCGUACUACCGGCAGAGCUUCCUCUACCAUCCUGAUCGCAAUCCCGGGAGCCCCGAGGCCGCCGAGCGCUUCACGCGCAUCGCCGAAGCUUAUCGAGUCCUGGGCAGCACCAUCCUCCGUCGCAAGUAUGACCGAGGUCUGCUCAGCGACCAGGACCUGCGCGGACCCGGUGUCAGGCCCUCUAGGGCACCCCCGGACGAUCCCCCUCCUCCACCUCGCCCUCCUCCCCAUACCCCUAGGGCUCACUAUGGCUCUCGGGCCUUUCCCGGCGACCGUCGCACUAUGUUCGACUUUGACGCCUUCUACCAGGCGCACUAUGGAGAACAGCUAGAAAGAGAGCGGCGUCUACGCGCCCGGAGGGAGGCCCUUCGCAAAAAGCAGGAGGACCAGGCCAAUAAGGGGCUACGCUGGGAUGAUACCCGAGAUGCCACUUUCAUUGUCCUCUUUUUCCUCAUCUUCGUCUUCAUCGGCUUUCGUAUUUAAUCGGAGAAACGGAAGGAAGGGGAACCAGCCCAAGAAACUUGCCUUUCUUGACCUUUGAACUAUUGGUCUUGGAAUGAAUUGAUUACCUCUGGUGGCGUUCCCUUGACUCUCCUAGCACCUUCCCAGCCUGGCUGGUGAUCAACACAGCCUUCUCCUAUGGUCAAGAAAGAGGUCCCAGGAGAAAGAUAACCGAAAACCAUGAAUGGUCCUGUAUCUUGAACCUGUGUGCUUCCUGGGAUGUCACCAGACCCCACGAAGGGAGAGAAGGAACAGCUGACAAGUCACGGGGCUCUCUCUGCCGUUGUCUGUGGGGAGGAUGGAGAAAAGUGGGAAUUUGGCUCAGCCGGCAGAGUGUGUGCCCUGGCUUCCGCCUGCAGCCUGACUGGCGCCGAGCAUGGUGGUGGCCCCUGUAAUCACAGCACUCGGCGAAGGCAAGAGGAUCCGAAGUUCAGUGUCAUCCUAAGACACAGAGAAUUUAAGACUAGCCUACACUACAUAAGCCCUGUCUCAAAAUAAAUAAAGG